GAAAUAUUUUGGCAGGCUGAAAAUACAAGUGUUGCGUGUCGCGUGUUGUCUGUCGCGAUAUCGACGACCUCAAGGAGAAAAAUUUAUGCACCGAGUAUUAUGCCGCGAGUGUCGCCAGCCAGAGAUGUACUUUUUCAACCUGUUGUGUGCGGUCGUGACGGUCGUAGUGGAUGGUACGAUGUGCGAGCGCACUUCAGGAACGAGCACGAGCGACGAUGGAACACGCCGCCGGAACUAACGCCGGAGUCGGUCGUCAAGAUGUCGAGCAAUGGGGAACCUCAGGCCCGUCUCCUUUCCCUCAUCCCUGUCACGGCGACUAUCGGUUUGAACGCGGGGCGUAACAAUGCACACUCCGUCAGCCUGGGUGCGAGCCUCGAUGGUAUCAGUCUCUCGGAAAGUAACAGCUACGACCACCCCGCGGGCUUCGGCAAUGAUGGAUCCCCGGUUUCCGUGAGCAAAUCGACGACAGUCGCGGCAGGACUGUCGGGGAUCUCCACCGCGGGUGCGAAAGCUUACAGUAAUGGUAACGAUGCGAAAACCGAAAGCCACUCUCUCAGCUUCGGCGAGGCAGCUGCAACUUCGUUCGGAGUGGUUGAAAAUGGACGAGCUGUUACCAGCGCUGCUUCUUCCGUCGGUGCCUCGCAAUCUUCUGCCGUAAGUGGCGUUAGUCAGGAACAAUCCUUUUCGCAAGCCGGCGCUAUCAAUGUGCGAUAUCCAAAUCGACCGACAUGGAGCAAUGUUGGUCCGAGCAACGAGUACAAUGACCGACGUUUCGGCCGACCCACCUUGACCGUCUCGAGACCGCACGAUGAAAGAAGGCCGAUGUUGAUCAUCGAAGCCCACGAUACGUCCAAUCGGCAACAAACGCCGACGAUUCACAUUCACAAGUGGCGACCAAAUCAGAGGGUAUUUCCCCGGCCGAGUUUGUCGAUCAAACGUCCCGAAUUUCGGCCGCGGGAGUCUUGGAAUGACGGCCAAUUUCACGGAUCGCCGAGCCUUCACGUCGAAGUGAGCUCUUCGCCUCACGGAUAUUCGGCCGGUGACUCAGCUUCUCAAAUUGACACGAGUCCUUUGGACCACGCGUUCUCGUCGCCCGGUCGAGCGCACAUCUCGGGAUACGCUCCGAGUUUCGCGUCGUUCUCGCAUCGGAAUGUCGACGGACGAACGAACGGCGCACCUUCCGGUUACGUUUCUGGGGAUUCCUUCGGCGAAGGUCACGCCGAAGGUACGUCGGCCUCGGGGUAUCAAGGUGGGAGCACCGUGGUGCGGGUCAACGCUCAGCCCGCUGGAAAUGGGCACGGAAUCGCGUCGUCCGAAGCGGGAUCCUUCGUGAGGUUCCCCGAAGGUGGGAGCGCGCGAAGUCAGGCUAUUCCGUUGCGACACGUUCGAGGUGAAGUGCUUUCUAAACAGGAAAACGACAGCGAUAUUAUUUCCGAUCUCGCGCGGGCUGUCGGAGAAUUGCUCGAUGUCGUAUGAAGGCGACGGCGCGUUAAUGAAGGGAGACGGUCGCGUCUCUUUCAAGCAUGCAACUCACAUUAAAAGUUACGACUCUGUAGAUAGAAUGAUUUUUUUUUAUUUAUCAUCGCCAAAUGGAAUGAAUAAAAGGAUCAAACCAA